AUGUCGGACAGGGGACGUUCCCCGUCGCCAAAGCCGCUCAGAGAUGUAGAUAUUGACAUGGAGAACGGCUCCGGUCAAAAGGACGUCAAAGUCGUCGUCGUCAAUGGUCUGUCUCGCAAUGUUGUCCAAUCUCACCUCCAAGCAAUAUUCGGAUUCUACGGCGAAAUCAUCAAAAUCGACCUACCUUUAUAUUCAAAGUCUGGCCAAAACCGAGGAAAAGCGGCGCUAGAAUAUACGGUGGCAGCCUCUGCUCACAAGGCCGUAUCUCAUAUGAAUGGCGGUCAGCUUGACGGCCUUGUCCUGAAGGUCGAAUUGUCUGAUCUGCCUAUUCGUGCUCGUUCGCGCUCG